AUGGCUUCUAAACCUGUUGCUAGGCCUUCUAACAAGUUUGCGCAUUGGAACACAUUCCCGUUCAUGACCGCGCCAAGAACGAAAUACUACUCCGCUCAACUCCAGUCGCCAAUCUUUCGCCUUCCUCGAGAGGUCCGGGAUGUUAUUUACGAAUACUACCUCACGGAGAAGGAAGGCUACCACUUUGAUAGCGAAACCGGUAAACUGUUGUACCAGAACCCGUCGUCAGAACCUAAGCAAGUCGUUCGGCUUGGCCUACGGAUAACAUGCCGCAUCGCUGCCGAAGAAAUGAAAGACCGCGCCUUCGAAAAGGUCAACUUCUACCCUAAGCGUUCAAUCGACGACGGUGGUGAAUACAUGGGUCUCCGCUCACGGGCAGGUCGCUUCAGAUGCAUAUUGAAGUACGUCGAACGCCAAAAGUGUCGCAUGCUGGUAUGCGCUGCUGAAUUACUACAACCUGAGGAUUACGUUGACGUUUACGAUCGUUACCCUUCCGCGCAGCACCUGCUUCAGGCACCUCUACGGCGCGCGAUUGCGCAGCAGACAGAUGAUCUCAGUGCGUCAGAAGAAGCAGGCGAAGACAUCCUCAGUCAAUCCUUUAGCGAUGCUCUUCACUAUGCACUAAUGCUAGCGAAACAACGGCACCCGUCAAGGUUUGCGAAGCUUGUGGGUGCAACAUUCGGCCUAGGUGAUUGCCCUGUGCGAAGGACCAUCGGUGGUGUGAUGCAGAACAACCUGUUUGUCAAUGGGGCUUUAUCCGACAUCUAUCAUUGGCAUCCUGUACCAUGGUGCGUGCCUGAUGACCAAGAGCUAUCGACACUGGAGGCCCUCAUUUGUCAACCUGGAGAAUCAGAUAUCCUGCUCCCAUACAUCGUACGCCGAAAGAGCGCAGGUACAAUAUACGAACGAUUGUACUAA